ACGCACGCACGGCGCCGGCGGCGGCGGCGGCGGGGCGCUCCGUGAGGUCAUCGCGCGGCGCGGCCCGGCCCCGGCGGACCCCGCUGCGGGGCGGGGGGAGCGGCGGCGGCAGCAUGGCGGAGGCGCCGCGCGCGGGCGCGAGCGUGUCGGUGCUGGUGGAGCAGGUGGUGAACGACACGCUGGUGGUGACGCUGAGCUGCGGGCAGCGCCGCUUCGCCGGCGUGCUCAUCGACUGCACCAAGAAGUCUGGCUUGUUCUGCCUCCCGUCCUCCUUCCCCAAGCCCGAGGACCCUCCUGCGGACGCCUGUGCCAACGGGGUCGCUGCUGGAGCUGCCGUGCCGGGGGUGACGGAGCCGCUGCCCGCUGCAGAGAAGCCGCCCCCAGGAGCUGGUGAUGAGCAAGUGCCGCCGCUGCUGCCCCCCCCCAGCCUCCCGCCGUACCCCCCGUACUUCGAGGGCGCCCCGUUCCCGCGGCCGCUGUGGCUGCGGCACACGUACCACCAGUGGGUCCCGCAGCCGCCGCCGCGCACCAUCAAGAGGACGAGGCGGCGGCUGUCGCGCAACAGGGACCCGGGCAGGCUCAUCAUGAGCACCAUCAGGCUGCGGCCGCGGCAGGUCCUGUGCGAGAAGUGCAAGAACACCCUGAACCCCGAGGAUGCCAGCGCCAGCAGGCAGAACGUGAAAACCAGGAGGAAGCUGAGCAUCCAGGACAAGGAGCAGAAGAAGCAUGGCGACGCCGACUACAUGGAGAAAAGGAACAAAAGAGAGAAGAGAGAGGAUGACAAGUUCUCUGGGGAGCUCGUGCAUCGAACGCCCGUCAUCAAAAUAUCCUACAGCACUCCACAGGGGAAGGGCGAGGUUGUCAAAAUCCCCUCCCGGGUGCACGGCUCGGUGAAACCCUUCUGUGCAGAGCGAAUGGUGCAGAACGGAGGGGAGGACCAAGAGGAGACCAGGGACUCCGAACGGUGUCGAGAAACCAAAUGUUUCCUGGACAAGUCAGCAGGCAGCCAGCUUGCUUCCAUUCCAAAGCUGAAGCUCACGAGGCCAGUGCAUUCCAGCGCCGAUGUCCCACCUCCAAAGAUCCGGCUCAAGCCCCAUCGCAUCAAUGAUGGUCAGAGUGUUUCAAUCUACAAGGCAGAACUUAUUGAUGAAAUCAGUGUCCUUCAGAACAGCAGGGAGUCCAACCCUGGAGCCUUCUACAAUGACGAAUCCACAGACAGAAGUUUAGCUGAGGUAUCUUCAGGGAGUUCAGGUGAAGAUGAGGACUUUAAAAGGUUUCCCCAAGGUAAAGAUGGACACGAGAACUUGGCUUUCCUUAUGAAUUAUCGUAAAAGAAAAGCAGACUCUUCUAGCUUAUCAGUGUGUAGUAAUGACAGUCUGGAUGAGUCCAAGUCUUCCAGUUCGGAGGUAACAUCGCCAGAGAUGUGUGACUUUCUGCCUGGUGAUGAUGCGUCCGUCUCCUCAUCUUCAAAAGAUGAGCGUAAAAUGGUGCCGCCGCUGACGGUCCGGCUGCACACCCAGAGCGUGUCCAGGUGCGUCACAGAGGACGGAAGAACUGUUUCAGUGGGGGAUAUAGUUUGGGGUAAGAUUCACGGGUUUCCGUGGUGGCCAGCGCGUGUUCUUGACAUAAACCUCAGCCAGAAGGAGAACGGGGAGCCUUCCUGGCGAGAAGCUAAAGUGUCGUGGUUUGGGUCUCCAACGACUUCGUUCUUGUCUGUCUCAAAACUCUCUCCUUUCUCGGAGUUUUUCAAACUGAGGUUUAACCGCAAGAAGAAAGGGAUGUAUCGGAAAGCUAUCACAGAGGCUGCCAAGGCAGUGGAGCAUCUGACUCCAGAAAUCAGAGAUCUCUUAACACAGUUUGAGACAUAACUUUGCCUCCAGCAUCAGGACACGCAGAGGUGGGAGCUGAGUCUUUGUAAUGCCUCCACGUUUGCUGCAGGCAUGGAGGGGGAUGGGACUCCCUCUCAUCAAACAGGCAAAACUUUGCCCAGGGUGAGAGUUUGGUACCUAAACACACAGAUGUGUGUGAGCGGGAAUAGAAACACCAGCUGGAGUCUCGGUCGGUGCUGCCUCUACUGCACUGCCCUCGGUGAAGUCCACGCGGGAAGUCCAGCAGAUUGAACCGGACCUGGAAUCAUUUCACAACCUUCCAGCCAUCACUAUCUGGACAAGACCUCGUCUGUGAUCCUGCUAAAUGAGGGGAGGGAUUAACUCCUUUCUGAAAACCAUAACUAAUCAUUAGGAGGAGUCUUGUUCUCAGAGGUCUUGCUUUAUACAGGGGGUUCAUUAUGUUGUCCCCUAAAUUUUUCUGCUCUUUUUCAUGCUCGAAGGGCUGCGUGUACCCAAGCCAGCACUACUCCUGUUGUAGGCUGUUCUUUUAGCCGUGGGACUGUGGUGGUCAGUGCUCAUGUAAUCCCAGAGGGGAAAAAGGACUUUUUUGUACCCUCUGCCAUGGGACUUCACCACUUGCUUGAGUGUGAUGGAGGACUUGCCUUGCUUGAGUUAUUGCUCCAACUCAGCAAGCCUGGUUAGAAGUGUGGUAUGUUCAUCCUGUGUGCUCAAGGUGUCUGGAAAGCUGGACACUCGAGCUAGUAAAAAUGUAGCUGCAGCAGCAGCGUUUAAGCUUCAUCCUUAAUCUUGCCCCUUCAUAUGCGGCUUAACUCUGGCUAAAGACUUCAUUAUAUCAAGAGCAUUUGGACUGCACCCAAAUUCCUAUUAGCUAGAUCUGGAGUAUAAAUAAACCUGAUGCCCAGAAUGUGCUGUCCUUGCCAGUGGGAGAAUCAUGGUCAAAAUCUAUCGCUCCUGUAUGAACAGUGCUCUAUUUAAAGGAGCAGCAAAGCCUCAUCCUUCUCCUGAGCUGUCUUGGCUGUGUGUGUACGUGCAGUUUGGGAAGCAGAAAGGGCGCUCUCGCUGUUACUGGUGGCUCUCUGCUGUCCUGAGCUCUGCUGAGCUGGUGUGCCACGUCUGGUGGCCUCUGCUGUCCUGAGCUCUGCUGGGCUGGAGUGCCACGUCUGGUGGCCUCUGCUGUCCUGAGCUCUGCUGAGCUGGUGUGCCACGUCUGGUGGCCUCUGCUGUCCUGAGCUCUGCUGGGCUGGAGUGCCACGUCUGGUGGCUCUCUGCUGUCCUGAGCUCUGCUGGGCUGGUGUGCCACGUCUGGUGGCCUCUGCGGAGGGCAGGGGGCAGGGGGGAGCAGCAGCUCGUGCUCCAGAGCAGUCAGAUUGGCCGUGCAAAUCAGUCCAUGUGGAGUAGGAGAGCGUGUGGCCAAGAGGAGCUCAGAGUCCAGACCUGAAGCUGAAACAGGAGGAUGUUUGCCCGGUGACACGUUAGCCUAAGGAGAACGCUGCCUGUUCUUACCAGUAGGACCAGUGCAGAUGUGGUGCUGAUGGUAAGACCUGGCCAUGAGAUGCAGGGUGGAAGGCUGUAGGGCAGGACCUUAAGAAGGAGAAGCAGCACUCGCUCCGGAGGAGACCUGGGUUAUUGCAGGCACAGUGGGUAUCUGAGCUAUGGGUACAGAGAAGGGGUGGAGCAGGGGGAAAGAAGAACACGUUGAGAACGACAAGAAGAAAAUGCUGGGAUGGCCUGGAUUAGACCAGCCCCUUCCUUCCCUCCGUGCUCUUCAGCCAAACCUCUGCUGUCUAUAUGGGUACAUGGGUACAUUUAACACGUGACACCGUUUCAGCGGCCUCCUUCAGCUGGCUUUCCACAGGUGAUGUUCUGCUUUAGGAGUGCCUGAGGGGAGCUACCACGAGGCUGCCUGGCUGGAGGUGACGUGGUACUUGGAGAAACAACUGCGGUCGCUCGAAACUAGAAGAGCAGAACAAAACAACUUCCUGUGUUGCAUGUGCCACAUGUACAUGGGUUCCUGAUGAGGCCAGCGUGUCCAGUGUUCUGGUACAUCACUUGCACAUCAACUCGUCGUUUCAGAGACCUGCCCUGUGCCUAAUUCUCUCCAUUCGGGAGGGUUGAAUUUCAUUGCUUUCCUUGGAUUUCCCUAAGUAGAACUGAAAUGUUCCCUUCAGUUGCUCAUCAUCUCUUCUUUCCUGAAGGUGCAGCUUCAGUUUUCACUAUGUUCGCAAUUCCCGGGUCCCAGGAGCACAGUGUCACUUGGGCUACGUGUCUAGAACCUUUGAGGCCUUGUACCUGUUGCUGUGGUUUCUCAGAGCAGGCAUCAGACUGGUAAUACUGCACAUGGCUGCGUAAACCAUUUUAUGGUUUUAAUAGUUUGUCCUUUACAGUUUUUUGCACAGAAAAUACUUUAUUAAAACCCUGUCACUGACCGACUGGUGAAACAAGGCCUCUGGAGGAGCAGCAGGCAGACCAGUGGGCUGGAACUCAGGUUGACUCCUGGUUAGAGCAGUGCCAGGACCAGAAUGCCCCUGAGCAUCCUCUGCUGCCGCUCGUAGCCUGUGCUUGUGGGUGACGCUGCGAGCCGCAUGCUGCCGGUGCUGCGCGCUGCUGAGGGUGCUGCUCCAGGCAGGGAGGGGGCACUCGGCAGGCUGAGCAAGCCCUGCAGCACCGCAGGGCUGGGUCUCUGGUUGUGCUCUGUGAUUCCCCGAGCGGCUGCCCAGCAGAGCUCCCUGCCCGCAGCCCUCUCGUGCAGCAACGCUUUGUGUCAAAUCUGCCUGUGGGUUCUCGUGCACCUCUCGGCACGAAGCAAGCCUGCGAUCUGUACCUGCAUUUGCUUUGCAGCCUGGAAGAUCCUUUAUUCUUCCUCCCUUUCUUUAUCCCUUGUACCCCCAAGCUGUGGAACCAUUGGAAGGUUUUGAUUUUGCUGCUCAUAGCUUGAUAGAGCCUCAGUAUCAGUUCCAUUAGCCUUUGAUCACACAAAGCACACUGCUACUAUGUACAGUAAAACCAAAGCUUAUUGCAUACCUGCUAUAUAUAGUAAGCUCUAACGUAAAAUUUGGAACGCUGGGUUAUGACUUCACCUCCAAAGUUGUUCAGGGCUCUGUAUGUGCAUGUAGCCGGUGCUGCUUGCCAGCAGCUUAUGAAGCAACAUAAAUCACUCUGCUUUUUC